AUGCCUGAUCUACAAGCUCAUUUCACGCAAGAUGGCAAAUGGACGAUGGAAGCCUCCAACCUUGCUUUCGUGUGUACCUUUGACGGCUGGCAAGGCAAUUACUAUACAUAUCUUACGUGCAUUACUCAUGAAGAAGAGCUUCGAAGACUGAAAGAGGACCAGAAAGGAAAUUAUCGGCUUCAAAAGAUUGUCCCAAAAAACGGACAGCUUACUGGCCCAAGUCCCGGAUUUUACAAGGCCGAUAAGCCACCUUACACGAAUUGCCCUACCCCUUCGUUCUUCUUCAUCGAUGACAGGCAAGAGAAUCCCAUCCAUCGAGUUGAAGAUAUCGACUAUUUGAGCUGGAGAUAUCUCCAACAGUUCGCCAGAGACACGGAGGUAGACACUGUCAACCUUGAUUUGGUGGAGGAGGCCGUGGAGGAGCCCCUGGUAGAAGGCCAAACUCUAGGACUGUAUAGAACACACGAAGACGAAAAGGGGUGUCAAAGAGCAUGGGGUUUUUCAACAAACCGCUGCGCCCUGACGUGGCGGCACACCACUCUGUUCCAUGGUGCCUUUUUGGGAAAGGGUUGA